GAAUGCUUCCUUAAAGAGGAAUUGAUAUUUAGACUCGUUUACUGUACCUGAGCGAUUCCAUACGGCUCUGAACGACAGUGUGUCCUUAUCAUCGACAGUAUGCUUCAAGACCGACUCAACGAUGCAGCGAUUUCCCUCCAUCGAACUUUGAGCCGAGCUAAUAUCACGUUUGGCAUAUUUGGGGGCUACGCUAUCGGUGUGUUAGGUGGAUUCCGCGAGAGCAAGGAUAUUGAUUGUAUUGCUUCCAUAUCCAAAGAACAGAUAAUUGCUGUUCUAGACGGACAAGAUGGAUUUAUUGCAGUCCCUCAAAGCCGACAGGACUACGUAGCAUUCUUAUGGUCUGAUAAGCCUGAUCGCAGCAACGCGGUCCUUGUGGAGAUUUUUUGUGAGCAGUUCAUGGGUUCUCAAUAUACCAUGAGGGAUGUACAAGCCUCUCUUUAUACGGUGAAUGGGCAAAAACUGGGGCCUGGUCAGGCCCGUGUCCUUGAUCCAUUCUAUCUGUUCAAAGGAAAACUCCGCGCCGCAGCAACUCGGUCAAAAUUCCAUGAUUCAGCCGAUCUGCGAUGGUUGGCUGAUCGAUACGCCAGCAUCAUCCAGGCCCGAAAGGAGGAGCUGAAUCUUGAGUACAUUGGACUUGCAGUGAAGAGAUACUUGGAGCUUGAGCUCCUGUUUGAACGGCUGGGAAUCGAUCUUGUUAAAGCGAGGGACGCUGCCCGUGAUCUAGAUCCAUCGAGACUUCCAGCUCCUGCCCCUGGAGAUGUCCAACGAGGAUUAUUGGGGUAGGGUUUGUAAUAACGUUAGCUGUGGGCCGAUCGAUUAGUCGCUCGCCUCUUAGUCACUCUCGAUCUCCGACUUGGAGCUACCUCAACAAGGAUAUUCUAGAAGUUCUGGCUAUUGAUAGGAUACUCCUACAGAGCCAGGAAGUACAAGUAGAUUUCAUACAACUUAAUCUUAUCUUACGGUUUGACUGUUACCAUCUCUGAAACUACGUGAUAUCAAU